ACUUACGCUGAUAAAAAAUUGGCUAGAAUAGAAUCAAAACAAAAGAAAGAAAUAAUAUAAUUUAACUUAACAAAAGAUUACUUGUUUUCAUUAAUUCGGUAAAUUCAUACAGUGUUCGUUCGUUUACACUAAAUAAUGAAAAUUAUUUUCUAAAAUGAUAUCUCGUCCUAUAUUUCGGGCAAGAGACAAAUAUUUCAUUGCGUUUAUCAUUUUAUUAUGCUUUCUUACUGUUUUAUAUUUGUAUCUUAAUUAUUUACAACAAGAGAAAAGUGUUCACUUGUCAGGGGAGAGAUGUUUAUCUGAGUUGACAUCUGUGAAAUAUCAAUUAAAUGUGGUGACAGAGUACAAGAAUCGGAUUGACAAAUUGCUCACAGAAACGCAGAAAGCCAAUGAGUUAGAUAAGGAGCGUUUUAAGGAAAUCAUGGAGAGCUGCGCCGCAAUGAAGCACCAGGCUUCAAUCUGCCAGAAUCAAUUCGAAGACCUUCAGGGCGAAUGCAAGAAAGUUAGGGAGGAUUACAACGAACUGCUUAAAGAAAUGAAGAAGACCUGAGUGCUGGAACUGCUAGUAACUUUGUUUUUUAUUAUUUAAAGCUUUACUGACUGAAGGUCUGCCCACACUGAGAUACCACGGAAAUGUACUGUAGAAUUAAUGAAUUCCUUUAUUGCCUAUAAGCAAUGAAUAGCAUUGAUGGCCUGUUUAGUGUAACCUAGAUUGAUCCCUGGUCAGGAAGAACUUUUUCUGAUUGCCCUAGCCAAAAUGAUUUAUUUUUCCAUCAUUGAUGUUUAUCUAAUUAAGUAUUUACUAUAAAUUUUUUUAUUGUUGAGUUUGUAUACCAUUACGCAAAUAUUUCGUGAAUUAAUUUUGGGAACUGGCCAAUAAGUCCUGUUUAAAUUUCUAUUUAUUUAUAUUUAAGAAAAAUUUAAAAAUUAUUAUUGUUUCUCAGGUUUAUUUUGUUUAUAUCAUAUUUUAAAAGGUGCAUUAGUGUGAAUUUUACCUUAAGGCGUCCUUUUUUUCUUUUUUGUCCCUGACCAUUAUAAGCCUUCUCUCGCCUGUCUUCCUAAAAACUUAGUGCUUGUUCAAAUGAGGCCUAGUGUAAUAUAACCCUUAAAAUAAAUUGGUCUACAAUGGCGCUGGUCUGCCAUAUUUAUCAGCCAUUAGUACCUUGUCUAUAUCAUUUUGUGUUUAACCUAUGAACGUUCAUUGUAACAUAGGUCAAAUUAUAUGCAGCACAGCUUAGACGAGUAUGAGGCGACAAUUUGUAUUUUGUUAUCCAUUUUGUUGCUAUCAUAGCCGUUAUCCAUUUUAUAAUAUACAUAAUUUUACAUACCUACACAUAAUAUUAUAAAUGUGAAUGUGUGUUUGUUUGUCUGUCACGUUAAAACCACUGAAUCGGUCUAACUUAGAAUUUUGUAUACAUGUGGAGUGGAGUAAUUAACGCGGGAACAGCGAGUGAAGAGCUUAUAUAUUUUUUUUAAAUAUCAAAUUCACAAGCGUUUUCCACUAAGACGGGUCUUUACCAAACUUUCCUUCCUCCUUUACCUGAACUUUCCCAGUAACCACAGAAAUCAGAAUAAUUGCAAUUUCUUUGGUUUUAAUAAUAUUGUAGCGUCUAUAUGCUAAAUACCUAAGACAAUACUAAUUAGUUCUAGUUUUUACGAGUCUAGAAGAAAAUUGUACUAUUUAUUUAUUGAUGUAUUGUAAUAACUUAAGACUGGACAGUCUGUUAGCUAGGAUUAAGUAAGUACUUACAUAGUUUUCAUAUGCCGUAGUUUCGCAUUUAUUUGCAAACUUCGAUUAACUAUAACAAGAAUUACAGACGGGAACAAAAUCAAAUUGUAAAGCAUUUGCAAGACACUUGUAAAGAUUUAUAUCAUUCAAAAAUGAAUCUUAAUGUGAUGCAAUAAAGUACAUAAUCCUUUAAUUUCUGUUUAUUGUGAACGAACUGAGAUUUAUAUUUGAGUAUUGUGUGCCAUAUUGUUUUACAGUAUGAUCCAUUUUCGAGCGGACGGACGAUUUUUUUCUAUUCGUUUAAUUCGUACACUUUUUCUUAGACAUUUUUGGUCAACAGAUAGUAUGACGAUGUUUGCAAAUAAGGGCUUCGACACACUGGGAGUCUCUAUACAUUACAUUAUUAGACCAUAGAGAAUGGAAAAGAAUUAUAAUAACAAUAUAUUAGAUUUCGACUUAGUUUAAUUAGGGAGCAUAUAUCUAUAUACAUAAUAUAGGUCUUAUUGUUUCUGUAUUAAAAUUUUGGAUAUGGAAACGUAUUCAGAUUUUUAUGGUUAAUUCCAAUCACGUCCAAUAUAUACCUACAACUUUGGAAAUGAAAGCGAAAAUAUUUUGUAUGAAUAUUUAGUCUUAACAGGCGACUCUUAACGCGUAGUCUCCAGAAGUUUCAUCACAAUUCAAUUAUCACCGCGGGAGUUAUCGCAUCACAAACAAUAUAGUUAUUUUUAAGGUACUGAAAUAUAGACUAAUAAUGCUUUACCGAUAUUAUAAAAUUGGUAUUUUUUAAAAUGAAUUUAUAUCGCAUAAAACGCAAAUUGAAAUACAUAUACAUAUAAUAUCACGUCUCAUUCACGGAAGGGUAGGCAGUGUCUACAUCUUUCUACUUGCCACGAUAUCUGCAUACUUCUUUCGCUCCAUCCAUAAAUAACGGAUAAUACUUUUGCUAUUACUAAUAAGACGAAAACCCCGAGUUUACCACUAAUAAUUUUGUAUGAAAAUUAUGUAGUCACUAAUUUAGUUACAAUCAUGAACUAAACUCCACCCGGAGAGAAGUCCGAAGACCGCCCAUGACCACGAUCUUAGAUUUGGCGAGUCAAGUUUUUUAUAUAAAGCGACCCCCGUCUGACCUUUAUAGGGGAACCUAAUCCAUAUUGGAUCAUAGUCACCAAUACAGUAAAUGUGCAGGUAUACUCACUGCGUUUAGUCUCAGCAUUGGUUAGCAAUCAAACUAAUGUAAUCAAAUACUACCGCGGCCAUCUUGUUUUUUACCAAACACAAGAAGAAGAUGGCCGCGGUAGUAUUUCGACUUUAUAUUUCGCAUGGUCCUCUAUCAAUCAUACAGAUGAACAAUUAAAAUGGCAAUUAGUCAGUCAAGACUAUCCAAAUACAUAUUAAUUGGAAAUAUUUAAUUUUGUUGUAUACACGCAUAGUUUUAAGUAAACUCAGUUUGGUAAAAUGUGCUAAUACUUUAAUAUUUUGAUGUACCUUUACAUAAUAUACGUAAUAUUUACUUACCAGAACUAAAAUAAAUCUAUACUAAUUUUACAAAGCUGAAGAGUUUGGUUGUUUGAACGUGCUAAUCUCAGGAACUAUGUACUUGUUCGAAUUGAAAAAUUCUUUUAUUAAGGCUAUAUAACAUCACGCUGCAGGAGCAAAGAAAUUAUGGAAAAUGUGAAAAAAAAAACGGGAAAAAUUAUUCAUCCUUGAGGGCUUCAAUGAUGUCCAAAAUAACUAUUCCACGCGGACGAAGUCGCGGGCAUAGCUAGUAAAGAAAUAAGUGGUCUAAGGACUGCUACUUAUUAGUAUACAAAUUUUGUUUCACCAUUAUUUUUUAUAACAAAUUUGAUGUACUUAAUGUUAUUAUAUUUUUUGUAAAAGCUUUUGUACUUAUAUUGAUACCCUAUUCGAUGUAAAAUAAAAAUAAAAUCCGAUUCUUUACACGAGGAA